AUGCCUACACUCAAGCAGCGCUGGUCCGAGAGGACAUACCGAAUCUUCCACCGACAGUGGCCUCGGCCAGCCCACCGAGCCAUCUGGUGGCUCAUGGCUCUCGAGCUUGCCGGCCUCGUCCCCGCCCUCGUCAUCUACGGCAUCUCUCAGCCCGACCUGUACCGCACCAAGCUGUGGAGGAUCGGCUUCGAGAACAAGCUCAACUCAAACCCCAACAUCAUCCUUUACGCCUACGCCAACCACAAACCUCUUCCUCAUGUGGCCCUCGUCUGGUCCAGGACCUUGACCGACUUCAACGUCGCCAUCUCGGUCAUCUCCCUCUUCGUCCUCCUCACCAAGCUUAUUGCCUUCAUCAUGAAGUGGUGGUACCCGCUCAUCGCCCUCUUCGCCAACCUGGCUCUCACCAUCCUCUACCUCGUCAGCACGUACGGUCAGAUCGGCCCCGACUACACAGACGAGCGAUACCCGUCGCCCGUUGCGUGGUACCUCCGCUAUGGUUGCGAAAUGGCUAAGCCCUGGAAUGCGUACAACUCGUGUCGCAUCGCCCAGGGCUCCCUAUUUGUGUCCCUGUACAUGAUGGUCAUCUACCUCCUCAACUUCGGUUUCGCCUGCUGGGCAAUGAAGCCCAACAAGGAGCUCAACGAUGUGGAGGAUUUUGAUGACGAUGACUCAGUAUCGGGCCACGAGAUCAAGAACUGGGAGAUGCACAGCAUGAAGUCCUCGGUCGACAUCAGAGGCACGCCCUUCACCCCCCGAACCCAAGCCUUCCACGCCCUGGACAAUCGCCCUUCGUCCAGGUAUCGUUGA